UUCAGGGUGCAUCUAAUAAGCACACAGACAACGCUUUGGAAGUUUAUUUGUGUUAUACAAGCACGCUCAUAACUGUACGAGGUUUGUGGUUGGAAUGGUAUUACGCCAGCUAAAUGACGUAAGAAUUUAGCGACGGAUGAGUGCUACAGAUAAUAGAAUAGACACUUAUAUUUAUAAAUUAAGAGACAAGUUAUUUAACUUAAACUGUAUUGACUGACUGGCUAGCUACUGCUUUCUUUGAUCGAACUUGCUGGUGGGGGAUGGCAGGUUGAAAAUCGCUGUAAUGGAAGUACUGCAUCGGAAGGAAGAACAGUUGUCUUCCACUGAAAUACAGUGGGUACAGGCUCUUCAUCAGUUUACAGAAUCAUAUCUUUUUGGCAUAAAAGAGGGCUAUGCCAAUGAUGCCAAAGCCUUGAGUGACUCCAUUGUUGAGUGCAUCAGGAAACUCAUCUCUCUCAGUGACAGAUCCCAUGCAAAAAGUGAAGAAGGAACAACUGCACGCCUCCCUGUCAGCUACAGAUUUAUUUCAGUUGCUGACCUUCAAACUCAACAACAAACACCAUGCUGCAGUUACCUGAUGUGGAGUACAGAGCAGUUUAAAACCUGGUCUCAGGAAGGAAGGAAUGUACUGACCAGUUAUGAAACACUUUGUCGCACUCACCUGAUCUUGAUUGGGUACCUGACAGAUCAAAUAACUGAUGAUCAAGGCAUAUCAGGAGAUCCACAGGAACCAGCAGGAGGAAACUUGUAUGUGAAGGACAACAGCGGUGUCAUGGCAUGUGAGGUUCUGAACCCAGAUGUAAACUGGCUGGAUCAGCUGUUACUUUUUCCAGGCUGGACAUACAUUCCUGCACGUUCUGAUGAGUUUGGCACAUCUCAGUCUCAGAAGGGGUACCUGGAAGUGACCAUUCCACCUGUGAAAGUGUUUCACAGCCUGAAUCUGCCAUCUGAUCUGAGACCCUCUCCAGCUGUAGCACUGUUUCCACAAACUGCUUCUCACCUUCUCAGUAAUAGGUUCAGGUGCACUAGAAAAGUGGAUGUAGCAGGAGAGCUGGCCAGAGUUAGUCCCCUUCUUCAUAUCAGAAGGAAAACUUUUUUCUUUUUCUUUCUGAAACCUAUUGCCAGUAGUGUUGGUCCUGCUGUUCCUGUAAUAGUUCAGGUGCCUUCCAGACUAAAGUGGCAUCCCUGCUUUUGCCUAGAGAGACAUUACCUUGUUACCACUGUGCGUGUUUCUAGAUUAAAGUCCUGUGAUCAGAAGGUAUUUGUGGUGACUGAUUCUUCAGAGUUGCAUGUCUACAAGCAAGAUUCUGUAAGGGAGCAAGGACUGAAUGAAUUAAUAUGCACAGGUGGACUGCAGAGGCUUGACAUUUGUACAGAUGUGGCAGAUGGUUCGCUAGAUUGCAGCCAUUCAGAAUGGUCAAGUUUGGAAACCAUUGAGGAAGACAGUAAAACUGAAACAAGAGUCUCAAAAUUGUUAUCUUACAGAGGGAGAAUCACCAAGGUACUGAAUCUUGAAGCUGGACUUUAUGAAUUGGAUGGUAAAGUUGGUUUGUGUGUUUCUUACCAGCCAAUGCUGAAUGGUGGACGUGGAUUGCGGCCUGGAGCUUCUUUAGAGCUCCAUGAUGUUCACCUGUUGCUGAAGCCUUCAGAAUACUUUCCUUCCAUCAUGCUAGGUUGUUGCUUGCAAAGUUCUUGGAAGGUGACUGAAUUUUCAAACCAAAGCAGCGCCUACCAACAUUUCAGUACCAACUCAAAUCUCCUAAUCCACCUGCUAUUUAAGUACAACCUGCAUCUUCCACAUUUUCUGUGGGUAGUUUACAUUCUGGAAAGUCUUACUAACAGAUUUUGCCCUUCAUAUCUGAAAAAAUUGAAUUUGCUUCAGUGUUCCAAUACAGGCAAACCAGGUGUUGCAGAACGGUAUCUUAGCCCACUUUUAGAAACUUUGCAGCUGAAGAAAGAGAAGAGGGACAUCUACAAGGAGGUUUUGAAAGAUCCACAUCAAUGCCCUCUGAAAGAGUAUUAUGCUUUGAAGCCUCCUUGCAGAGUUCUUGGUCUCGCAGACAUUUGCAAUGGUGCAAAUGAGUUUAGUUGGAAGUCCUUUAUACUGUCUAAUUUUGUGUCUGACUCUGAAAUCCAGCACAUGACCUGUCAGGAGCUCAACAGAAAGAUUGCAUGGUCCUUCCAGAUUCUACCACAAGAGCAUUUUCGUCUGGAACAAGUAGCUUUGCUGGGUGUGUUAAAGGCUAAUUCAAAGACUGGAUACCUACAGCUUGCAGACCAGACUGCUACUGUUGACUGUAUUAUUCUGCAGAAAUCUGGAGACUUGCACCACAAACCUUUUUAUGAUGCAUCAUUUUUGGAUUGCCUACUGCAGAUCAACGAAUACCAGGUUAUUGUGGAACGCUUUCAGAGGAGUGAUUACCCAUCUUGGGAACAGUUGGGCAAUCCGGAGUUUGUCAGAGAAAAGCGCAGCAGGGUAUAUAUACAGUUUUUUAUUGAUGAUGCUUCAGUACUUAAUCCCUCAGCAACCUUUACUAAGCAGAACAAUGCCCAAAAAGUGCCAGACAGUUCUGAACUACUUCAAAGUCACUCUUCCCAGCAUGACACAGGAAGAAGUAAGAAUACAGAAGACAAUGCUACAGUCAUUGAGGAUGUAGGAUGUCCCACGCCAUCUAAACUGCCCAGGUUAGCAGGAUUUAGCCAUCAGGAAGGACAAAGAGAUGCAGAUUCUUCAAAGCACAUGGCAGAAGAGGAUAAAUCCCCCAACAGGCAGGAAAGCCAUUUAGUCCCUCUGUCAGGAACUGUUUGUGAACCUCAUCAAGAAGGGCACUGUUUUGUGACACAGCUAUUUCUAGUGACUCAUAAAGAGGGGAUAAUGUUAAAAAAUUGUCGUUUUGCAAAAGAGGGGUGCACUAAUACUGAAGGGCCUUCCAGAGUCCAGGGAGGACUGAGGCCAUGCUUUCAAACCACUGCUAUCAGCAUUGGGGAACCCAGACUUUGGAAACAAAAUGCAAAAAUUGGAGGGAUUCCAGAACUGCAAGAACUCCGCAGAACUUGGAAUACAAAUCCACUGAGUCAGAAGAUGCCUUUUCUACUGCAUACCAGCCCCCUGCUUCGAAAAAAACCUGAUAAUAUUUUUAAGGUACCUCAUGAUCACAAGUUCCUUUAUAAGUGCCCAUCUGCUGACCCUUCUGUGGUGUCUGCAGUAUUUAACAAGCCAUCAAAGUUACUGCCUUCUACAAACUUGCUUCCUUCUGAUGAAGACAACAGAACUAUGGAAAAACUAGAUGAAUUUGCUAAAGAUGUCAUAUCUUUUUGUAGACUUCUUAGCUUGCGUUCGUUUUUCCAUGAUGAGGUUUCCACUCAUUCCCAGGAUGUUUUUUAUUAUCAUAAAUCCACUUUUCAACCCCCGAUGAACCCCAAUGUCAUGUUGUUUCAGAAAAGUGUUCUUAAAGAUAUUCACUUUUUCUUUAGGGAACAUUAUGUUGGCCCUGACAAUCUCACAAAGAUCCAAUCUGAUUGUAUUAAAGAACUUGUGCUAAACCAUGAGUUGGUUAUUUUUUCUGCUGACAAAGGUGGAGCAGUGGUGGUUCAAGAUUGGUCGAAAUAUAAUACUGAAGCUUUGCGGCAACUUUCUAAUGUUUGCCACUAUACAUCUUUACCUUUUGAUCCUACACCCACCUUUAAGAAACAAAUAGAUGAGUCUCUGGCUGAAGAAGAGGUUACCAAACGAUUGGAUAAUACUCUUAAAUCUGAAGUUUACCGUAAGUACCCCCAAUAUAAUUCAUUCCUCCAUGCCACCAGCAAUCAUCCGCCACAUAUUUGUAAGAACAUUCCUAAAUCUCAAUAUAUGAGAGUCAAACACAUUUUUUCAGAUGACAGCUCUUACCAGAAAUUCAUUGAUGACUUUAACCACCCAGUUCUUACAGAGGCUACAAGUCAGGACAUGUGUUACAUGCCAGGAACACGGUUGAUUCUAUACAGCGUGAGCACUUGCUUGAAUAUCAAUCCAGAGCUAUCAAUACCAACCAGAAUGCUUGUCUAUCAAACGCUGCUGCUUAUGCUUUCUGCUCAGGCCUACAUGAUCAUCCUGGAUCUAAAAUAUGCUUACCUUCAUAUUCCCAUUGCAUCGUCUUCGCAGCUGCAGCUGAUGUUUGUUGAUGAAACAGUGAAGUGGUUUAGCACUAUUCACCUUGACAGUUUGUACCGACUAAUUGUACCAAAAGAGAUGGAUCUGAAAAUAUUUGAGAAGCACUGUGCUUCUUCAGUCCCAAUGAAAGCACUACAUGUUUCGGACUGCCCCUUGUGUCUGGCUGUACAGAAACAUUGGAGACUCCAGUAUGUAACUCACAUCUCUGCCGUUGCUUCUUAUCAGCUUCUUCCUUUCGGACAUUGUGCUGUUAUCAAACCAUACAGUGCAGUUGCUGGUGAUAAUGCUCUCAAUGGCUCCUUUGUAGAAGGUAUUUCUUCUUUGCAGCAGUGUAGUCUUCGAUUGACAGUUGCAGACCUCUCAGACCACACGAAAACUGUAAACGUAUAUAUGGAUUUGGGCUGCCUGAUCUACCCUUUAGGGUUGCUUCCUGGGGCAAAGACAGUAUUCCAUUGUCUAGAGAGGAAAUAUUCUAGGUCAAACAACGUUUAUUGUAAGCAUGUGCCUUCAAGCUGCCUGACUGUGAUAUCCUUUCCUUCAGCUGAGAGUCAAGGACUGAAAACAUCUGCAUUGAGUGAAUCUGCUCUUUCUUCUCUCCCAUCUGUACACCUGUUUGAUCUUCGUUUCUACCCAAACCAGUUCACUCACGGACAGGUUUUUUGUCACAUCACCUCAGUCCUACAGCUGACUCUGCAGUGGUUGUGUUCCCUCUGUCACAGCAUCUUCAGGAAGAUGCAUUGCACUCGAACAUGCCCUCCAUGUCCUUCAAGUUCGGGAGUGUUUCUUGCAAAUGCCAAUUUCUUUGUUGAAGAUGGCACUGCUGAUGCUCUUGUCCUUUGCAAAAAUGUACAUGUGAAGUCUCUUCUGGGUCUAAGCCAGAGAGAAUGGGAAGGGCUGCAGAAAGACGUGGCACUGACAGGGGAUGUGUACAUUAAACAUCAAGGAAAGCAAGCGGGAUAUAAGUAUGAGGAAGACUCAGAAGACAUCUUGACACACUACCUAAGGAAGCUCUGUGCAAGUUCUAAAGUCUGCCGAUCAGUUAUGCUGUUUUUUAAUGCAGACUGUAACACUAGACAAAAAGUGGGGAAUUCAGAUUUGAUCCAGCUAAGAAGAUUUACACGUGGGGACUGUGAGUUUGUCACUAAAAUGGCACCAUCUUUGUUGCUGACUUGUCUGAACAUCAGAGAACCAGAUUAUAGAGCUCUGUGUCACUCAGAAAGCACCAGACUGAUACAGUAACUUAUUUCCAAGUGCACAGUGGACUGUGGACCAUAGCCAUAGAUUUGUUGUAAACACUUGAACUGACUGGAAAAGACAAAUUUCUAGUUGCCUAUUUGAAGAACUGAUAAUAUUUAAAUUAUAUUUAUGUGCAUCCUUAAAUGUAUACUUUUUAAGCAAGCAUUCACAUUCAUGUGUACUUUUGGAAAUUAACCUCAGGCUAUACUACAGUUUAUAUGUAGCAGGAUUUGGAUUCCAAAAUCCAGUGCAUCUUUGUUUAGUGAGUAAUUUAAAUAACUAUGAAAAUUUGAUAAGUUUUUGCACAUGUGGCUGCUUCCACAAAAUCCAUAGUUCUUUCCUUCCCUUAUGCUCACUAAUGUAUUUUCAGUUUAUACUGACUUCAGAUGCAGAGACUUUUUUUUUUCUUAUAGUCAGAAAUUUACUUUUCUGAAGUGGUAC